CAUGGUGCGAACGUUUAGAGGUAAUCAUACCAUCUACCAGAGCUGCGGCAACACACGCGAGCUGGGAACAGCUUUCAUCGUGAUGGAUGAUAUGCAGAGGCGCGUGAUCGGUUGGUGGCCGAUCGACGAAAGAAUGUGCAGGUUGAGGAUCAAGGGCCGAUUCUUCAACUUCAGCAUAAUAAACGUGCACAGCCCACACUCCGGAAGUACUGAUGAUGACAAGGACGCAUUUUACGCGCAGCUCGAACGCGAGUACGAUCCCCAAGCCCAAGAGUACUGCCCAAGCCACGACGUCAAGAUCAUCAUAGGAGAUUUGAACGCUCAGGUAGGCCAGGAGGAGGAAUUCAAACCGACGAUUGGUAAGUUCAGCGCCCACCAGCAAACGAACGAAAACGGCCUACGACUCAUUGAUUUCGCCGCCUCCAAAAAUAUGGCCAUACGUAGCACCUUUUUCCAACACAGCCUCCCUUAUCGUUACACCUGGAGAUCACCACAGCAGACGGAAUCUCAAAUCGACCACGUUCUGAUUGACGGACGGCACUUCUCCGACAUCAUCGACGUCAGGACCUAUCGUGGCGCCAACAUCGACUCCGACCACUAUCUGGUGAUGGUCAAACUGCGCCCAAAACUUUCCGUCAUCAACAAUGUACGGUACCGGCGACCGCCACGGUACAACCUAGAGCGACUGAAGCAACCGGAUGUCGCCUCAGCAUACGCGCAGAACCUCGAAGCCGCGUUGCCAGACGAGGGCGAGCUGGAUGAGGCCCCUCUAGAGGACUGCUGGAGUACAGAGAAAGCAGCCAUCAACGACGCAGCCGAGAGCACCAUCGGGUACGUGGAACGGAAUCGACGGAACGAAUGGUUUGACGAAGAGUGCAGAACGGUUUUGGAGGAGAAGAACGCAGCGAGGGCGGUAAUGCUGCAGCAAGGGACUCGACAGAACGUGGAACGUUACAAACAGAAGCGGAAACAGCAGACCCGCCUCUUUCGGGAGAAAACGCGCCGCCUGGAAGAAGCGGAGUGUGAAGAAAUGGAAUUGCUGUGCCGUUCCCAAGAAACACGGAAGUUCUAUCAGAAGCUCAACGCAUCCCGCAACAGCUUCGUGCCGCGAGCCGAAAUAUGCAGGGAUAAAGACGGAGGCCUCUUGACGGACGGACGUGAGGUGAUCGAAAGGUGGAAGCAGCACUUCGAUCAGCACCUGAACGGCGUGGAGAACGUAGGCACGGGAGCCCACGGCAACGGAAGGAACGACGACGCCAGUGCAACGGAGAACGGAAACGCAGUCAGGAUCUGGGAAACCGAACAGCUACCGGAGGAGUGGAAAAAAGAGGUAAACUGCCCCAUCCACAAGAACGGCGACCAUUUGGAAUGUGAGAACUUCAGGGCGAUCACUAUUUUGAAUGCUGCCUACAAAGUGCUAUCCCAGAUCAUCUUCCGUCGUCUUUCACCUAAAGUAAAUGAGUUCGUGGGAAGUUAUCAAGCCGGCUUCAUCGACGGCCGGUCGACAACGGACCAGAUCUUUACCGUACGGCAAAUCCUCCAGAAAUGCCGUGAAUACCAGGUCCCAACGCACCACCUGUUCAUCGACUUCAAAGCGGCAUACGAUAGUAUCGACCGCGCAGAGCUAUGGAGAAUCAUGGACGAAAACGGCUUUCCUGGGAAGCUGACUAGACUGAUUAAAGCAACGAUGGACGGUGUGCAAAACUGCGUAAGGGUUUCGGGUGAACUAUCCAGUUCAUUCGUAUCUCGCCGGGGACUGCGACAAGGUGACGGACUCUCAUGUCUACUCUUCAACAUCGCGCUGGAAGGUGUGAUGCGACGAGCCGGGCUCAACAGCCGGGGAACGAUUUUCACAAAAUCCGGUCAAUUUGUGUGCUUGUACACCCGCCUGAAACGCGAAUCAGCAAAGGUCGGACUGGUGGUGAAUGCCUCAAAAACAAAGUAUAUGCUGGUAGGCGGAACCGAAAACGACCGGAUCCGUCUGGGUAGUAAUGUUACGAUAGACGGGGAUACUUUCGAGGUGGUGGAGGAAUUCGUCUACCUCGGAUCCUUACUGACGGCUGACAACAACGUGAGCCGAGAAAUUCGGAGGCGCAUCAUCAGCGGAAGUCGGGCCUACUACGGGCUCCAGAAGAAACUGCGGUCGAAAAAGAUUCACCCACGCACCAAAUGCACCAUGUACAAAACGCUAAUAAGACCGGUGAUCCUCUACGGGCACGAGACAUGGACCAUGCCCGAGGAGGACCUGCAAGCACUCGGAGUUUUCGAGCGACGCGUGCUAAGGACGAUCUUCGGCGGUGUGCAGGAAAACGGUGUGUGGCGCAGAAGGAUGAACCACGAGCUCGCUGCACUUUACGGCGAACCCAGCAUCCAGAAGGUGGCCAAAGCCGGAAGGAUACGUUGGGCAGGGCAUGUUGCAAGAAUGCCGGACAACAACCCUGCAAAGCUGGUGUUUGCAUCGGAUCCGGUUGGCACAAGCAGGCGUGGAGCGCAGAGAGCACGAUGGGCGGACCAGGUGGAGCGUGACUUGGCGAGCACUGGGCGCGACCGAGGAUGGAGAGCGGCAGCAACAAUUCGAGUAUUGUGGCGUACUAUUGUUGAUUAUGUCUUGUCUUAAUGAUGUUGAACAAAUAAAUGUAUGUAUGUAUAUUCAACGAGAAAGGCACUAUCACCACUAGGUGGAUUAAUCUGGGUCUUUUCAUUCAUUUUUGCAUGAAUAAAGUGAUUUUUUUUUUGGAAAAAAUCGUCCCUGUUUGAAAACUAAAAACAUCCUACAGGCGUUUCAAGAUUCUUAAGGAGGUUGAAGGUGGCUUCCUAGGGCCAAGGGGGUGCCAGGGGCGUUUCAUGAGAUUCCAGGGGGUUUCAGAGGGAUUCCAGGGGCCUUAUGGGUGAUUAACGUGGUAUUAGGGAGUACCGAGAGGUCUCAAGGGCAUCCAGGGGGUCCCAGGGUUUUUUCAGGGAUUCCCAGGAAGUUUAACGGGGGUUCAUGGGGUGUUUCAGGGAAUCCAGAGGGUUCCAUUGGGUCUCAGUGGCGCUUCAGGGAGUCUCAGGAGCCUCCAGAUGGUCUCAGGGGCGUUUCAGAGUGCAACAUCAGCAGGGGUAUAAUGAGUUAAGUUAUGACAUAGUACCUAAUUAUCAAAAUACGCGGAAUAUUGUAUUUGCAAUAAAACGUCAUCCUGAAAAAAGUGACUAAUAAUUAUAAGUAACCUAUAAUUGUGCAAUGAGUGUACGCUCUCAGCACACUAGAGAAUAAGCAUAAAAAAGAGUGUCUGACUGUUGGAUACCUUCCCUUACCUAACACCUAUUCUGCGGUUCACUAUAUGUGGGAGGCUUGUCAAUCACAUUCCGAUCUUGUGUGCUCUCCGAUGAUGGAGUGCUGCAAAUCUAACUACAAGGCGAGGGGUGGUAGACGAGUGAGACAAAGUGGUUCGAAUCUCAAAUGCGUUCGUUGUGUUGUGUGCAAUUGAACGGCGGUUUGAGUGCGCUAAUGAAGCAAAGAGAACAUGGCAAAAUAUAAUUUUAAACGCACGAGUAUUCCCGUUUUGGGCAGCCGAAAAUAGAUGCCUACGCACUCUCGCUGUAUGAUGGAUGUAAACAGCAUGGUUUGUGCCAUAUACUUUGGGACGGCUCUGGCUGGAAUUUGGAAAACAUGCGCUAAUGUGUUGAUUAUUGGGGAUACAAUGAGGAGGAACAAUAAUUGGUGCAAAUGAUUUGUAGUGCAUUAUUUGUGGCAUAUACAUGUUUUGAAUUCCUGGUAAUUCGACUAUCAUUAGUAGCAGUACUUUCACUGAGAACAAUUGAUGGGACUUAUAGGAUAUAGGAUUAUAGGAUAAAUAACUCCACCGUAGUUUCGAAUAUCAGCUCUGCAUUUCAAAUUUUAUUGGAAAUUCAAUUGUUUGGAUUUCUAUAUCCCUAAUGUCCACUAAAACCUAAUCUCCCUAUGAACAAGUAUCGGGGCUUCGUUUCUUAUAUCCCGCAAACUUUCAAUCCCACACAUUUCAUUAGUGCGAUUUUAAUAAUCUAAACAGUCAAUUCGUUCAAUUGUUCGUAAUACCUUCCGAAAAACCAUUAUAAAUUGGUAUCACCCAAGUGUAUGUGGGGAAUCGCGCCACUUGGGCGAUGGCUUCUAUAUUCGUCUGUUUUCCACUAUAACUCAGUCAAAUUUGAACCAAUUGACACAACUUUUGGAAUGUGGUGAGAUAGGUAUAGUAUCUACCCGUGUACAACAUUUCAAGUCAAUUGGUUCAAAAUUGACUGAGUUAUAGUGGGAAACAGACGGAUAUAGAAGCCACUGCCGAAGUAGCGCGAUACCCUGUGUGGCCAAUGCAGUGCCACCUGUUUGCCCAUUUAUCACGCGAACGAUUCGGCCAAGAAUGUCACCUGCAUCAGCCCCCGCAUGUAUGUAGCUAUGUGGUACCGCUACCGUCAUGAUCUCGCCACCCCAAGUGUGUCUGUCCGCUCGUGUGUGAAUUAUUAUCGAACACGCGCGCAUAGUCUAGCUGCAAUCAAUACGUAGUAGGUACCGACACAAGACAAUAUUAGGGGCAUCAUUAGAGGUGCUCUUUUUAGGCGGUGAUUCAACAGAGUGGACAUAUCUAUCUAUGCACCUAUCUACGCCAAUCGAUCAACGGUCGAACGUGUGAAUAUCGAUGAUGUUCUAAUUGCCACCCAUCGACGGACGACGACGACAACAGCGACACCGCCAAUGUCACGCUCAGCAGAGGAGAUAAACCAGAACCGCAUCAAUUGGAAUACCGGUUUUACGUCUUCCUCGGCUCCGUGUCGAAGUGAAUUAUUGUUUUCCUCGCCAUUGUCGUCGUGAUAAUUGUUUUUGUGAAUGGCGCGCUGUGUGAUUCGCGGUGGGUUCCGUGAGGAAAAGUGUUCAGCAUUGCCAUAUUUGUGAAGCGACGACGUGCUCGCAUAGCAUGACGAACGCGCGCGCGAAGAUUGCCUGUGUCGAUGAAGAGUAUACAUCUGCUACGUGAUCUGUAUUUAGUGCUACUGCAAUACUGGCUGUGAGGAAAGAAGUUUAUGUGACGUGAGCGUGAGGCUACAUGCAGUUGAAACGUAUGAUUACAGUUGACGUGAACAAGCAAAAAAUUGUGGGAAAAGUACCGCCGCAGCUUUGCAUCACAAGUGGAAAUGAAUAAUGGUGUGUGCAUUUUCGAAAAAAAGGCUUCUUUCGGAAAAGGCUUUCGUGAUAAUUGUGGUCAACCAUAGAUGCAAUGUAAUACAAAGGUUGGCGUAUUGAUAAAUUUAGUGAUUGUAAUACAAAUUAGAAAAAUAUAAGCUUCGAGUUCAACACCAGUAAAGUUUUUGCGAAUACAAUAAUCCCGCUGAUUGGAUUCAAACGAGCAACAAGGAAUGCAGUAUUAAUCGGAAAAACAGCAAAAUGGAAACAGUCACAUUUAGGAAAGCACGUUCCAACGCUCAACGCAUCCAGGAUGGCAUCGAUUCAGGUAAAUAUUUAGCUCAUGAUCAAACAUAAACAUACCUACUUCCACAUCCACUUGUUCAUGGCUCGAAUUCUAAUUGCGAGACGACAGUUAAAAUAUCCUUAUUUGAUCUGUUAUUUUGAAGACGCAUAUUUCAGAUUCUAAUCCGUAUUAUGAACUUUUUUUAUUCUCUGUUGGGUACCGUAAACUGGGGUGUAGUUGAUCAGUGGGGUGAACCUGAUCACUCAAUCACCCGCGGAUAUCGACAUUCAAGGAAGCAACAAUUAUAUUUUAACCAUUCUUAAUCUAAUGACGAAAUAUUAAAAUGGAAUGGUAACUUCCUUGAAAGUCGAUUUCCGACACCCCAGUUUACGGUAUCUAAGUCACUACGACCAGUUGUUAGAUCUAUUGUGACAUAUUAUGAACUAAAAACUUAUCAUAAUGUUUACUCAAUUGCACUGUACAAACCGAUAGUUGUUUCAACAACGACAGUACAGAAGAAAUCGUAAUAACCAUAUUCGAAAUACCGAAAUAUCUGGAUAAGAGUAAUUCUCCUGAAGGAAUCCCAGAAGAAACUGCUUAAGAUAUCCCACAAGAAAUUCCUAGAGGUAUCCAAACAGGUAUUCAUGGAAAAAUCCAAGCAGGAAGUCCAGGAAGAAACACAUCAGUAAUUCUUCAAGAAUUCCUGAAAUACAACCCAAACAUGGUCACA